CCCCGCCCGUGGCAACACCAGGACUUCAAUCUUAUUAAUCCCGCUACUUAGAACACUUAACCAGGAAUUACUGAAGAGAGUAGAUGAAGAUCAGUGUAAGUCAGUAAAGAAUUUUAAAGAGAAAUAUUAUAUAAAUAUUUAUUAAACAAACUAAAAGUGGCGAGAUGGUUUUACUUACUAGAAGACCUAAAACCUUAUAAAACCAAACAUUUACACACAAAUAAAAGGUCUCAUGUAAAACGGAAUUAGAUGACCUUAGAAGACUGAGUUGCUAGUUUUUUUUUUUUUUAUUUUUGAUACUUUUUAUUUUUUUUUGAAAAUGUCAGCGGAAGGACGCUCGACAUUUACCGACGUAUCGCACGAGUGUCCGCCUUCCCCACCGCCGCCCACUCAGGAUAACAGAGAGAGCGUGGGCGUAAGUAUGGGCGUGAGUGGUAGCAAUAACUCAGGCAGUAGCAGCAGCAGUAGCAGUAGCAGCAGCCGCCCACACUUCUCAAUUAGCUCUAUCCUGGGGCUAGACACUAGCCAGAGACUACAAGAAAAACACAGUCCACCCCACACACACUAUCCAUCGCACCUAAACAACCCUUACUCUAAGAGGGGUUCCUCCACCCCAAACUACAUUCCAAGUAGGCCUUCAACGCCCAAUUAUACCCAAGGUAGGCCCUCCUCCCCCACCUACACACAUGGCAGGCCUACCACGCCCACUUAUACUCAUGGGAGACGUUCCUCACCCACCUAUACACAUGGUAGGCCAAGCACGCCUACGUACACACACGGCAGGCCUACUACGCCUACUUAUACACAGAGUAGGUCAACCACGCCCACCUACACACACGGCAGGUCAGUCUCGCCUACGAACAUACGUACCAGAUCACCACAACCGCCGAGCACGCCCACGUACUCCAUGUAUAUGGGUGAUGGGAGCGACGAUGCACCCACACACCCCUCCACUGGUCACCUCCAACACAACGAUGCCUUCCACCCUACUGAUGACGCCCUCAUGGAUGACGACGUGGACGAGGCGGGCUCAGGCGACGACGACAACGGCAGCGAACCCGACGGAGUCGUCGGGGAAGAUGUCGGCGCCGAUGAAUCCCGCUCACUCGGGAUAAACGUCCACCAUCCGUCAGCAUUCGUCCGCCCUACGCCGCUUCACCUCCGGCCAGAUCCAGAGGGCGUAGAGGGCAUGACCGGCCUAGGCGGGGCGGGCAUGGGCGUGGGCGGUGGAGUGCUAGGUGGCCCCCUAGGGAACGCCAUCAACCCUGCGGCACAUCUGCCUCCCCUGUGGUAUCCACCCUGGGUGGCAGCCUUCAAACCUAUGUUUGGACUACAAGCGCCGCGUCCUACGGGUCGGAGAUCAAGAAAGCCAGGAGUGGACCGCAAACCUCGCCAGGCGUACAGUGCUAAGCAACUAGAACGACUGGAAGCAGAGUUCAAGAUUGACAAGUAUCUAAGUGUUUCCAAGAGGUUGGAGCUCUCUCAAGCACUCUCAUUAACUGAAACGCAAAUCAAGACUUGGUUCCAGAACAGACGUACCAAGUGGAAGAAGCAAAUGGCAGCACGCAUGCGACUGGCUCAGCGUCAGGGACUCCUGCCGCCACACCUCUACCCAGCACUCCCACCGAUCCCCCCAAUUUUAGGACCUUACUAUCCUCUUACCCCACCCACACAUGGCCACAUAGUGCCACCUCCACCCCUUUUAACUCCAAUGUCACCACCGGAUCCACCAUAUUCCACUGCACACGAUCCUGCCACGUCCUAAACAUGUGCUCUAAGUGAAUGUUAUGCUUUGAAUUAUCAGGGAGACAUGCUAAGCCCUCUAAAGGUCAUGCAACACCUGGGGAAAAAUGGUGGAUCUCAGGUUUGAUCAAAGGAAGGAAAGGGGUAGGUCUAAUUCGGUGGAUCAAGAGCCCUUCACUGGUACUUCGGUGACCCUUCUUAACGGCUGAUGCUUCGAAUAAUUUUGAUAAAAUUGGUAAAAUUACAUGGAGAAAAUUUUCAGGUACUGUGUUCAUUUUUCUUUUGCAUGAAGCUUGAAAAAAUUGUACUGUAUUAUAUAUUCUGCCACUCUAUGGAGUCUAGAUACUGUAGUAAAUCUAGCAUUAAAAAAAACAAGUCCUACCAAUUUGUUUUUGUUAAAAGAAACGACAGUCACACUAAAACAUUCUAGAAAUGCUAACACACACGAUUUUGCUAAGCACUGGCUAGGUGGAAACUAUCUGCUUAUUGUGUCAAUGUGAUAAUACUUCAACAAACAAUGCCUAAUUACAGCACAUGAUAAUUAUAUUGUGGAUGCAGUGACUUAAAACUUAUGGACGUGGUGAAUUAAAACUCUUGAAAACAUUUGCUAUAUACUUUUAUCAUUUAUUUUUCAACUGCGAUGUAAGAGUAUUCAUGCCAGUCAUUGUUAU